AUGUCGUCUUCGAAUUCUGCGCCACCAAUAGAAAAUCAACUAUCGAUCGAAGAGAAUUCAGUGGAGAUCAAAACCAAAAAUGAUAUGAUUGGUCGUUUUUUCGAACGACAACGGCGCUAUUUCCUCGAUGAACUACGUGAACUGUUUACAUUUCAUCCAAAGGAGUGGCUUAACGCUUUUCGACGGAAUUCUCAAUAUCCUCUGUUUGUACGAGGUGAUAUUGAUGGACUUUUCGCAUUGUUCAUUGAUAAUAUGGCGACAUUACUGGCAAUUAUUCUGACUCUUCAACCGGUAUUGGACUCUGACAUCAUCUAUGGAAAGAUUGUAACAGGUGUGGCUUUGGCCAUGGUAUGGGGUAAUAUUUACUACGUUUAUAUGGCUCGAAAGCUUGCCUAUAAAGAGAAACGAGGCGACAUAUGCGCUAUGCCAUACGGAAUUAAUACACCAGGAGCAUUUGCCUUUGUCUUUGGAAUCAUUUAUCCUGCCUACUACAAAUGUAUGGAUGAAGGUAAUGGACAGAACAAACGAACUUGCCAAGAACUUGCUUGGUACACAGCAUUGGGAAGUAAUUUCAUAGCGGGAAUCAUUAUACUAGUCCUAUGCUUAUUUGGUGAGUUUAUCAGACGGAAUACACCUAGUGUGGCCCUUCUCUCAUCUAUUUCGGCCGUUGGUUUCACCUAUCUAACAUUAAAUCAGUAUCUAACUGUGUCUGCUAUACCCAUGGUAUCUUUUCUCCCGUUUUCCAUCAUUAUACUCGGUUAUUCUGGAAAAAUUAAGUUUGGUCCUAUUCCAAUUGCUUGUGUGGCUUUGGUUACUGGUACUGCUCUCGCUUGGAUAACAUCGACAAAUGAUCCUCAAGCUGUACGAGACGCUAGCAAAUUAAUUAAACCUUAUCCAGCAGCAUUUCCAGUCAAAGGUCUGUUCGAAAACAUGCAUCGAAUUGGUCCAUACUUGUCGACGACGAUUCCAACAGCUAUUUCAAUUGCUAUCGGUACAAUCCAAUGUGUUGAGUCUGCAAAGAGAGCCGGCGAUUUCUAUCCAACUCGAGAGUCAAUGUUUGCCGAUGGCACAGGAACAAUAAUUGCGAGCUUAUUUGGUUCCAUCCUCGGCAUGACCACCUAUAUUGGUCAUCCGGCAUUUAAAAGAAUGGGUGCGCGCCAGGCAUAUUCUGUGAUCAAUUGUUUUGCGUACUUACUUUUGUGCUUUUUUGGGAUAAUUGCUCUUUUUCUUAAAAUUAUUGCUGUUGUCGCUGUUAAUCCGAUCAUUAUAUUCGUUGGUCUUUUCAUAUGCAGUGAAACACUUGCCAUAACGCCUCAACGUCAUUAUCCGGCUUUUCUUCUCGGUUUGACACCAGUUCUAGCUGAUUGGGCAAAAGGUACAAUAAUCAACGGUGUUGCUGCCGCCUAUUCGAAUUUUACUGCACCGAACGUGAAUUUUGCUCAGAAUGUUACUUCUCGCAUAACUGACUUUUCUUACCGUGGACUAUCCAAUCUGGCAGGUGGUAGCCUUCUUCAAUGUAUUUUUAUCACGGCAAUUAUCAUGUAUAUGACUGAUCGAAAGUUUAUUCGAGGCGCUGUAUGGUCAUUAUUAGCAGGACUCCUCGCUUUUUUCGGCUUAAUUCAUUCAUCGAACGUCGGUGUUUUAUAUCAAAAGAAUGAUGAUGGAUGGCGAUUCACCGUUGGCUAUGGGAUUAUGAUAUUACUUUUUAUACUACUAGAAAUCGGACAACGAUUGAAAUGGAUAGAAGGACCUGAAAACGAACCCGAUGAUUUAAGUUCUGAAGAGUGGGCUGAAUGGCAUCGACUGGCGCAACACAAUAAUAAUCACACACGAUUCUGA